AUGCAGACCAGACGGCUUGCCGGUCUUCCGGUCUUUCAAAAUGCUUCCUCGUUUUCGCGAUCGCUGAGGACAGGCAUUCGCCCUCUUGUCCCUCCUAGACCGCUUGGAACUCGCUCCAUAUCCCUUCAUCAUGUGCAGCGCAUUGCCCGUUUACGACAACAAGUCGCCCAGAAACCGCCCUUCGCUACCGGCCACAGCGUUCGCUCCAUAUCGAGUUUCAAGAAAGCCAUUUGGCGCCGUCCGGUGCUGAGAGCACUGUACCACCUUUUUGCAUACUGCGGUAUUAUCAUCGUCGGUGGCGGUGCCUUUGUUGCCGGUGUCUUUCUCUAUGAUGCCUCGACCUAUCGCGAAGAUCCAGCUGCUGAGGAUAUCCCCGUGUCGGAAUUGGCGUUGAACCCCAAACGUGGUGGACCGAAGAACUUGCCAAUUGCAGAGAUAUUGGUAGAUGAUGAAGAUAGCGAGGCCAUGCAGGAGCAGCGCGAUAAACCGAAGCUGGUCAUCCUGGGUACCGGCUGGGGCAGCGUUGCUCUACUAAAGUCGCUCAACCCUGGAGAUUAUCAUGUCACCGUGGUCUCCCCCGUCAACUACUUCCUGUUUACCCCGAUGCUGCCAUCGGCAACUGUUGGCACGCUGAGCUUGAAAUCCCUAGUUGAGCCUGUGCGACGCAUCGUUCACCGCGUGCGAGGUCACUUCUUGAAGGCUGAGGCUGAGGAUAUUGAUUUCUCCUCAAAACUGGUGGAAGUAUCGCAAUUGGAUUCGAGGGGGAAGCGCCAACACUUUUAUCUCCCCUAUGACAAACUUGUCGUUGCUGUUGGAUCUACCACGAACCCGCACGGCGUCAAAGGGCUGGAGCACUGCAAUUUCCUGAAAACAAUAGACGACGCACGACAGAUCAAAAACAAAGUCACGGAGAACAUGGAGCUUGCCUGCUUACCCACGACUUCGGACGAAGAACGCAGGCGAUUGCUCUCGUUCGUUGUUUGUGGCGGCGGUCCAACUGGUGUAGAGUUCGCGGCUGAGUUGUAUGAUCUACUCAACGAGGAUCUAAGAGGCAACUUCCCCAAGAUUCUAAGAAAUGAGAUUUCUGUACACGUUAUUCAAAGCCGGGGUCACAUUCUCAACACCUACGAUGAAGCUCUUUCGACAUAUGCAGAGGCACGCUUUGCUCACGAUCAAGUCGAUAUUUUGACAAGCUCCAGAGUGAAGGAGGUUCGUGCGGACAAGAUUCUGUUUACGCAGGUCGAAAAUGGAGAGACUGUGACGAAAGAGAUACCUACUGGUUUCUGUCUAUGGUCCACGGGAGUUUCACAAACCCCAUUUGCGCAGAAGAUCGCCAAGAAGCUCGAAGCACAGAACAACAAGCAUGCAUUAGAAACCGAUUCGCAUCUGCGACUAAUUGGUGCGCCCAUGGGCGACGUCUACGCUAUUGGCGAUUGCUCGACUGUCCAGAACAAUAUCGCCGAGCACAUGGUAACAUUCCUGCGCACAAUCGCAUGGGAAAAAGGCAAAGACCCGCAAAAGGUGCAUCUCACCUUUAGUGAAUGGCGUGAGGUGGCCGACCGAGUGAAGAAGCGAUUCCCGCAGGCCACGAACCAUCUCCGACGCGUGGAUCGGCUGUUUGCCGAGUAUGACAAGGAUCGUUCGGGGACGCUGGAUUUCGAUGAGCUGCACGAGCUAUUGUUGCAGAUCGACUCCAAGCUGACGUCACUUCCUGCAACUGCACAGCGCGCCAACCAACAGGGCGAGUAUCUCGGUCGCAAGUUUAACCAAAUCGCCAAAGCACUGCCGGGCAUGCGAGCCAAUGAAGUUGACUACGGCGACUUGGACGAGGCUGUAUACAAGGCUUUCAAGUACAAGCACCUAGGCAGUCUGGCGUAUAUCGGAAAUGCCGCCAUUUUCGACUUCAAUGGCAUGAACUACAGCGGCGGCUUGCUGGCCGUGUACCUCUGGCGCAGUAUCUACUUUUCGCAGAGUGUCAGUCUACGCACUCGUAUUAUGCUGGCCAUGGACUGGACAAAGAGGGCCUUUUUUGGUAGAGGUAUGUUUAACUUUCGGGAACACUGA